UACAAGCUAAAGGAUCCACUAAAGAGAGUUGCGUUGGAAGCGUUAUUUCGCUAUUUUUAUUUGUCCGCCGUGUGUGUAUAUAUAUAUAUUAGUACUGAUAGCGUAGUUGUGUAUUACAACUCAAACACAAAAACUGAAUAUGAAGAAGUUGGAAAGAAGAAUUACUCUUGUUAUAAUUAUUAUGUUCGUUCACUUUACUGCUUCUUUGGCUAAUAUUGGCACUGAUGAAGUUGCUCUUGUUGCCUUGAAAUCUCACCUUUCUUCUGAUCCCAACAACAACAACGCGGUGUUGCAAACAAACUGGUCUUGUUCAAUUCCAUCAUCAGUUUGCACCUGGAUAGGGAUCACUUGCAACGGGCGCCAUAGAGUUACUGCUUUAGACAUUUCUAGCAUGCAACUUCAUGGUACCAUUCCUCCACACCUUGGAAAUCUCUCAUUUCUCGUAUCUCUUGACAUUAGUAACAACACUUUCCAUGGACAUCUCUCCCAUGAGUUGACUCAUUUGCGGAGGUUGAAAUUGAUUGAUGUUACAAGAAACAAUUUUAGUGGUGCCAUCCCAUCAUUCUUAAGUUUGUUACCUAAUCUUCGAUUCCUUUACCUUUCAAACAACCAAUUUUCAGGGGAAAUUCCAUCUUCUCUUUCCAAUCUAACAAAUCUUCAAGAGUUGAGAAUACAGAGGAAUUUUCUUCAAGGAAAAAUCCCUCCUGAAAUUGGUAAUCUUCGUUACCUGACUUUUUUAGACCUGCAAGGUAAUAGACUUACUGGCUCUAUACCGUCAUCAAUCUUCAACAUAACUUCAUUGACAAUACUUGCUAUAAUACACAAUCGUCUUGUCGGUAAACUUCCUGUUGAUAUUUGUGACAAUCUACCAAAUCUUCAAGUGCUUUUACUCUCAACAAACAACCUGGAUGGACGAAUACCACCAAAUUUACAGAAAUGCUCAAAGCUACAACUGUUGACAUUGUCUGGUAAUGAGUUCACUGGACCUAUACCAAGAGAACUUGGGAACUUAACGAUGCUCACAAUCUUACAUCUUGGAGAGAACCAUUUAGAAGGAGAAUUACCAGCUGAGAUAGGUAAUCUACACAACCUCCAAGUGCUUGGGUUAAGAAAUAAUAAGUUAAAUGGUAGUAUUCCUGCAGAAAUUUUCAAUAUUUCAAAAUUGCAAAUAUUGACAAUGUAUGGAAAUCAGUUAUGUGGUAGUUUACCUUCAGAUUUAGGUGUUGGAACGCCUAAUCUUGAGGAAGUUUACCUUGGAUUAAAUGAACUCAGUGGACGAAUUGCUCCUACCAUCUCAAAUUCUUCAAAGCUAACUCUUUUAGACCUUUCAGACAACAAGUUUACAGGUCCAAUUCCUGAUUCACUUGGUUCAUUGGAGUUUCUUCAAGUCCUAUUCUUGGGAGGUAACAAUUUUAUUAAUGAGCCAUCUUCAUCUGAGUUAACAUUCGUCUCGUCCCUGACUAAUUGUAGAUAUUUAAGAGAAGUGGUCAUUGAAGAUAAUUCAUUGAAUGGUUUUCUUCCAUCUUCUAUUGGAGACUUUUCUGAUUCUUUUCGGAUGUUUGUUGCCCGUAGAACCAAGCUAAAGGGCACAAUCCCGGAAGAAAUUGGAAACCUGAGUGGCUUAGGUGUGCUAGCUCUCUCUCACAAUGACUUCACUGGUUAUAUACCUGACAAGUUGAGAAGCAUGAAGAAUCUUCAAGAAUUUUACUUAGAAAAUAACAGCCUAAGUGGAACAAUACCUGAUGAUAUCUGCAGUUUGCGGAAUCUUGGAGCUUUAAAAUUGACUGGAAAUCGAAUAUCUGGUUCAAUUCCAGCAUGUUUAGGAAAUGUUUCUACUUUAAGAUAUCUUCAUUUAGCUUACAACAGAUUGACUUCAACCUUACCUGAAACCCUGUGGAGCCUUCAAGAUCUCUUGGAACUCAAUGCAUCAGCAAAUCUGUUGAGCGGGAGUAUACCACCUGAGGUUGGUAAUCUAAAGGCUGCGUCAGUUAUCGAUCUGUCAAGAAAUGAUUUUUCUGGUAAUAUUCCUAGUACUAUAGGGGGUCUACAAAAGUUGAUUAGUCUUUCCAUGGCACACAACAAAUUAGAAGGGCCUAUUCCGAGUUCAUUCGGGAAAAUGGUGGGGUUGGAAUUCUUGGAUUUUUCUUACAACAAUCUUACUAGUGAAAUUCCAAAGUCACUUGAAGCACUCUCACAUCUCAACUACUUCAACAUCUCUUUUAACAAAUUAAGAGGUGAAAUUCCUAGUAGUGGUCCAUUUGCAAACUUCACCAGUCAAUCUUUCAUUUCCAAUUCCGCACUAUGUGGUGCUCCUCGGUUUAAUGUGUCGCCAUGCCUCAUCAAAUCCACCAAGAAAUCAAGGAGACACAGAGUACUAACAAGUCUGUAUAUCGUAUUAGGUGUUGGAUUGAUGAUUCUGGCAUUGGUUCUAGGAUAUGUUUUGUUAAGGUGGCAAAAGAGAAGGAAGAAUUCAGGUCCAACAGAUGCAUCUUUGGUGAAAAGACAUGAAAGAAUAUCUUAUUAUGAACUUCAACAAGCAACAGAAGGAUUCAGCGAGAGCAAUUUGCUUGGUACCGGAAGUUUCAGUAUGGUAUACAAAGGGAUACUUAAAGAUGGGGCUGUUUUGGCAGCAAAGGUAUUCCAUGUGGAACUGGAGGGAGCAUUCAAGAGCUUUGAAACAGAAUGUGAGAUACUACGCAACCUUCGCCAUAGAAAUCUAACAAGAGUGAUCACUAGUUGUUCCAAUCCAGACUUCAAGGCCUUAGUAUUGGAAUACAUGCCCAAUGGAACACUUGAUAAGUGGCUACACUCUCAUGACUUGUUCUUAGACAUGUUGAAGAGGUUGGACAUUAUGAUAGACGUGGCUUCGGCAUUAGAUUAUCUCCACAACGGGUAUCCAACACCCGUGGUGCAUUGUGACUUGAAGCCAAGCAACGUCUUGCUCGAUCAAGACAUGGUUGGUCAUGUGAGUGAUUUUGGCAUCUCAAAAUUGCUAGGUGAUGGGGAGACUUUUGUACAAACAAGGACUAUUGCAACGAUCGGAUACAUUGCUCCAGAGUAUGGACAGGACGGAAUAGUAUCCAAAUGUUGUGAUGUUUAUAGUUUCGGUAUCAUGAUGAUGGAAACAUUUACAGGUAUGAGGCCAAGUGAUGAAAUGUUUACCGGAGAUUUGAACCUAAGAUAUUGGAUUAAUGAUUCAUUUCCUAACGGAGUAGUGGAUGACAAUUUGUUAAGGCCAGAGCAAGAACAUAUUAAAGAGAAAAUGCAAUGUGUAUCGUCUAUCCUGGAAUUAGCUUUGAGUUGCACUUUAGUGUCACCGGAUGCAAGAGUUAACAUGAAAGAUGCUCUUUCAACCCUCCACAAAAUAAGAAAUCAGUUUGUUAAUAGUUGUGCAACAACUUAAAAACAAAUCAUUCAAAGGAUUUAUUUCGGUUUAAAAGUGUAUGUUUACUCUGCUUAGCUCCUACCAACACAAGUACUAUCCGAUAAGUAUAACCAUCUAUUCACCGAAACAUAGAUAAAUUCACAAAAAAUUACAUAGCUAUAUAUUUUUGUGAUGUCAUUCUAA